AUGAAUUCAGCUACUCAAGAAAUAAUGACAAUCGAAACAGAAACAACUGUGGUCGAGACGGCUUCGCCCACUCCUUUACCUGUUGUCGAAAAAGUUAAAAGAAAGCGAUCAUCUCGCAGUUCAUCUUCAGAAUCAAGUAGUUCAAGCGGUAGUGGUUCGUCGAGUUCAUCAUCCGCCAGUUCACGUUCGUCAUCCUCGUCGUCUUCUUCAUCGAGUAAUUCAAGUCGUUCUAGUUCAAGUGGGUCAUCGGCCAGUCCGAAAAAACCGCGUACUGGUAAAAAAACGGCUCCAUCUGGUAAAGAAAAUAAACGAAACGCAGGAAAAACAGCAGAACCUGGCACAAAGGCAACAACCGGUUCUGGCAGUAAACAAGCAGGCUUGUCAUCUCGUACAAAACAGCCGCCACCUAAAAGUCCGGAGCGUAAACAAGAACGAGAACAAUCAGUAAAAGUGUAUGUUGGAAAAUUAACAAGAAAUGUAACAAAAAACCAUUUGUAUGAAAUUAUGGGAACGUAUGGAGAAAUUAAGCAAAUAGAUUUACCAUUUGAUCGUACACAUCCGUAUUUACAUCGAGGUUUUGCUUAUAUUGAAUAUGUUCAAGCACAAGCAGCUGAAUCAGCGUGUAAAUAUAUGGAUGGUGGUCAAGUUGAUGGCAAAGAAAUUGUUUGUGCCUUAGUUCAUAGUCAUUCGCUAUCGAGACGUAAAUCACCUAUCAAUUCAUCUUCAUCAUCCUAUCGAAAUCGUCGUCCUCCGUCACCUCAACGCUAUCCACCUCCACGACGUGGUUCACCACCGCCAAGAAGUCGUAAUGAUCGAGACCGUCCUCCCGCUAGACAACAACGACAGGGUUAUCAAUCACCACCACCUCAAUCGUCUAGUCGUCGACAACAGUCGAAAGAACCGCCGGCAAAACGCAGAAAUGCUGAUUCGUCACCUCGAAAACAAAAAGAACGACGUUAUUCACGUUCGAGUUCAAGCUCAUCAAAAUAG